GAGAUAUUUAUACAACGCACAAGCGUUUGGUUUUGGAAUUUACAGUGAAGAUCAUAUGAAUUCUAAGUUUACGAGACGUACCUGAAGGCACCAAUAGCAUAAUCUCCUAGCAUAACUGUAGCUGAGAGCUAGCCUGCGCAGUGGCGAUGAACUGUCAGCGCAGCUACUGUAUUCAUCGCUUCUUGGCUGGCUUUACAUCAACUUGCUUUAUAGCAUAAGUGGCAAAGAAGAUCGAUUCUGCAAUUUCACAUUAUACUACUGUGUCAAGGAGAGGAGCUAAAUCCUUACAGAUGGGGGAGUUUGAGAGCAGUCCUCUUGGCCGGGUGACAGUGUAUUCCAUCCAGGGCUGCCCUCACUGUGUCCAGGCUAAAGCCACUCUCAGGCAAUUGGAAGUACCAGUUUGUGACAUAGAUAUUGGCAGUCAUUCGGAGCUGAGGGCGAAGUUGAAGGAGCUGACGGGAUGCAGUACAGUACCUCAGAUCUUCUUUAACAACGUUCAUGUUGGGGGUAAUGAUGACCUGCAGAAACUGGCUCCUGAAGAGCUUCAAAGAUUGGUGAAGCUGGUUAAAGAGGAGCUUCUUCCAGCAGAUACCCCACCGUUACCAGAGAAGAAUCCAUCAGAAGAUGGAGCUGGGGAGAAUGACGAGUUUAGGUGUGAGAGAGAUGAGUUGGCAGACCUGGUAAAGGACCUCAAGCAUGGCGGUGUGAUUGGCAGUCAUAGGAGGGGACUGGCUUUAUACAAAAAGAGCUUCACAGGCAAUCAGCUGGUUGACUGGCUGCAAAAAGAGAAGGGCAUGGCCGGGGAUGUGGCCUGUAAUACAUGCCAGGCAUUGUUGCAGAAGAUGUACAUGGUCAGUGUGCACAGAUGUGGGCAGAAGGAUGGCAGUUUUGUCGAAGGAAUGGACACACUGUUCAGGCUGCUGGAGGAUGAUCCUCAUUCAGCCCUCAACGCAGGACAGACUGCAGCCUGCAGUCCCUUACAGGCUGCUGCGCUCUCUUUGCUUUUACGAGAGAUGAUCCUGAAAUUGUUCUCGGAGCAUCUCUCUGCCGAUGGCAAGUCUGUGGACUACAAGGGCAUGUCUCUGAACCCUGCAUUUGAGCAUUAUUGUGAGCUGGCCAUUCAGCUGCAGAGGGUGGAGCUGCUGUCUCUGAGCCGGGAGGAGAAACUGGCCUUCUUCAUUAACAUCUACAAUGCCUUAGUAAUCCAUGGGUACCUACGCUUGGGGGCCCCCACCAACAUGUGGCAGAGAUACAGGUUCUUCAAUUACGUGAGCUACCUAAUUGGAGGAGAAGUUUUCACGUUACAGGACAUUGAGAACGGCAUCCUAAGAGGGAACAGAAAAGGUGUCGCACAGCUACGAAGACCCUUCUCCAAAACAGACCCACGGCUUCAGGUGGCUCUUCCAGAUGCCGAGCCCCUCAUUCACUUUGCCUUGAACUGUGGUGCAAAGGGCUGCCCACCUAUUAAAACAUACACCCCACAGGAUAUUGACAGCCAGCUCCGUACAGCAGCUGAGGCCUUCUUGGAGAACGACGAUGGCUGUGUGGUUGAUUCUGGGAAAGGGGAAGUAAGACUCAGCCAGAUAUUUAAGUGGUACAAGGCCGACUUUGGAGGCACAGAUGAGAAGCUGCUGAAAUGGGUGCUGGAGCAUAUGGGGGAGUCCCCUAAGAAGACGAGCCUGCAGGGCAUCCUUUCUGCUGGGAAGACCAAAGUCAGCUUCCUCCCUUACGACUGGAGCUCUAACAGCUACCGCUGAGCAUGCUAGCACAGUCUGCAAUUUCUUUACAUCUCUUCACUUUCUUCUAUGAAAGCUCCAUCAUGGAAAUCAUAAAAAAUUAGUUGGAUAUUACUGUACCUUUUAUGGGGUGAUGACCAUAACAACACAGAACAAUUUGCACAAUUUGUACUCAAGCAGCUUAACGGAUAGCUCAAAAUACACGUUUUUUUUUAUUUUUUUAUUUUAAAACUUCAAUCCUUAUGGGCUCUGUACUCCAUCUGCCCACAGCUCAGGAGUAAAAGACUACUGCUAUGCUCUCAGUCCAGGUCAACAUUGGUCUGCUUUAUCUUGUGGUACAUUUAAUCAAAGCAAAUGCUACCUUGACAAGCCAUAUCAAUACCUUUGAACUUACAAACCCACUUUUUCUUGUGUAGCCGAUCGAGGAUUCUGCAGAAUCAGGUCUAUCAUUUCAGCAAUGUCAAAAGAAAGGAAGAGGAAUAGAAACAGCUUUUUCCAGUUUUAAACCUUUUUAUUGAUGUAGUAUGAGACUUAAAAUGGGUAUUAAUCUAAAACUCAGCAUGUGGCCACAGACUACUUUUGUAAAAACAUUUGCUUUUCUGAGCAUUAAUAAUCCACAUUUGUGUGAUUUUUUUUUUUUUUUUAAUCUGAGCCCAAAAGUGAUUCUAUUCUUCUUCUCUUUAUACUUAACCCACCACCUUUCUGAUCCAAGUCUUCCAUUAGAAUUUGGAGUGAAGUGCUACCACUGUGUUUUUAGCACAGUUACAUUUAUAUAUAUAUAAAAAAAAUACUUAUUCUGACACUGACACUUUGCAUGUUUAUUGCCAACUUUGAAUACUACUGAGAUAUAUUUGUAUGUGUUGUUUCUUUUUUUUGUUUGUUUGUUUGUUUGUUUUCUCCCAGAAAUACAAUUGUUAAUUUUUGGUCUGUUUGUGAAUAUUGAGCUACAUUUUUCCAGCAAUUUAUCCCAGCAUGUCUGCUAAAAUGAAAACAUUCUCAAUCUAAUUAUUAAAAAAAAAAAAGAGAAAAUGGCCCAAUUGGCUGGUCGUUAAUUUAAUGCAAUUUUAAUGUUUUUUUUUUCCACCCAAACAAUUCUGCAAAGCUGAAUUUACCUUGCCUUAAAUUACUUUAGCUAAAUAUAUCAUGGUUAAUUUAUCCUGUGAUGGCCAGCAUGAGUUUAUUUAUAAUCUGUUCUCAUUAUUUUCUCAGGUCAAUGAAAAAUGUGUGUCCAGGUUAUUUAAUGUCAUCAAUGCUGCAUGUUUUCUUGUCUUAAAAUUUUCAGGCCGAUGUGAAAGCGUUUGUCUUUACACAACAUAUUAUCAUGUUUUUCAUGUGUAGUAUUUCUUUAAUCUGCAAGCAGCACUAAAGCAAACAGUUGCAUCAGUACGUGUCAGAGCUGGAAUGCCACUGCUGCAUGGGUUAGUAGAAAACUCUAGUCCUGAAUAGUCCUGAAUGAUGGCCUCUUGCAGGGCUGCCUGUCUCACUGCUUUGCUCACAGCCUGUAAGCUUAGCCAUAAGAGCUAAUUGGACCAUUAAAGUGUCAUUUUGACCUGAUAUCAGA